GGGGCGCGCGCGCCCCAGGGCCGCUCUGGCCAGCCGGAGGGGUAGCGUUGCCAUGGCGACGGCAGCGGCGCGGAGAGACACGGGGAGGGCGGAGGAGGAGGCAGUGGCCCACCCCGCCGCCCUCAGCGAGGACGACGACGAGGACGAUGAGGACUCGGAGGAGGAUUCGUCGGAGAGCGACUCGGAGGAUGACUCGGAGGAGCAGGGGGCCGCGCUGGAGGGUGACUUCAAUCCAGCAGAUUUUGACUACCUGAAAGUGUCUUCUGAAAUCAAAGACCUCUUUGAAUACAUCAGAGGUACACUCCCAAAAACAGUAGAGAUCGAGCACAAGCUGCAGCCUUUUAUUCCAGACUUUAUUCCUGCUGUUGGGGAUAUUGAUGCGUUCCUAAAGGUUCCCCGUCCUGACUGGAAGCCUGACAACCUUGGCCUGCUGGUCCUGGAUGAGCCCUCGACCAAGCAGUCAGAUCCCACUGUGCUCUCUUGGCUGACAGAGAACUCCAAGCAGCACAACAUCACACAGCAGAUAAAAGUGAAGAGUUUGGAGAAUGCAGAGAAGAACCCCAAAGCCAUUGACAGCUGGAUUGAAAGUAUCAGUGAACUGCACCGCUGCAAACCUCCUGCCACAGUCCAUUACUCCAGGCCAAUGCCUGACAUUGAGACCCUGAUGCAGGAAUGGUCACCGGAAUUUGAGGAACUCUUGGGAAAGGUGGGCCUCCCGACCGCGGAGAUGAGCUGUGACCUCGCUGAAUAUGACAUGAUCUGCGCCAUUCUGGACAUCCCUGUGUACAAGAGCCGGAUCCAGCCUCUGCAUGUCCUCUUCUCCCUCUUCUCAGAGUUCAAGAACUCGCAGCACUUCAAGCCCCUGGCUGAUGGGCAGAAAGGCAGGAGCCCACCAUCCAACCCACCCUCACAAGCGGCAGAGGCAGAGGUGGUGAGCUUUACCUGAAGCUUCACAUUAAACCCUCAUCUCCUGGAUCACUGUCUGCUGCUGGACACCAAGGUGUGCCCAGAGCAGGCUGUGAAAUGUCACACAGCACAUCAAAAACCUCCUUGGUCUUGGAGACAUUACUAGGCUGUUCUGUGUUUGGAGAGUAGGACUUGACUCAUCAUUUUUGUUGCAGAAGCUGCCAAAUGGCUGUUUUUGACUUGUUCCCAAGGAGUUCAGCAUUAAACCAGCCUUUCAAAGUGUCA